ACAACAGGCCGUAGAGAGAGUAAUCGAUACAGAAACAAAGACUAAAACAGCGCAAUUCUCAGAGCAAACCAAACAAAAAAGGAUCGUGAAAGAGAGAAGAAAGAAGAAGAGGAGUGUAUGUGAUUGACGAAGUGGCGACAAGAAACAGUGAAGGAGAGACGUUCAACAGUCGUCUCCAACUUUUCAUUUUCACUCUGUUUCCAAGUCUUGAAGGAGUUUUCGGUGGUAAAGAAGAAUCAAUGGCGGCUCGAGCUGUUGUUCCUCAAAGACAACUACGAAUCAGAGAUGAAGGUAAGCCGAAUGUGGUAGCAGCCGAAGGAAGAACAAGAAGAAUUCUCAAAGACAUAGGCAAUCUCGUGCCUGAUCAAGCCGUAGAAGGGAAACACGGGCCCCAACCACCAGAUAAGAAUAAAAGAGCAAUCACCAAAAAAAUAAAUGGAGGAGUUGGGAAGGGAGUUAAUGUAACGAAGGCCGCAAUUACUGAGAAACAGAAACCGAAACCGAAGACUCUACUCAGCUUGGCCGAUGAGGGACAUAUAAUCAACAUCAAAGAUACUAAAUCAAAGGACAAGAAUAAGAAAUCUCUGACUUCAACACUUAGUGCUAGAAGCAAGGCUGCUUGUGGAAUCACCAAUAAACCGCUGGAUUCUUCAGUAACUAAUAUUGAUGAAGCAGAUGCCAACAAUGAAUUGGCCGUAGUUGAAUACAUCGAUGACAUGUACAAGUUUUACAAGCUUGCAGAAGGUGAGAGCAUAGUAUCAGAUUACAUGGGAACACAACCAGAUUUGAAUGCAAAGAUGAGAUCCAUUCUCAUAGAUUGGUUGAUAGAAGUCCAUCGAAAGUUUGAAUUGAUGCCGGAAACCCUUUAUCUCGCUGUAAACAUCGUCGAUCGAUUUCUUUCCUUAAAGACUGUACCAAGGAAGGAACUUCAAUUGGUAGGUAUCAGCUCUAUGCUGAUAGCGUGCAAAUAUGAAGAGAUUUGGGCCCCAGAGGUCAAUGACUUUGUAAGUAUAUCUGCAAAUACUUAUCAAAGAGAACAAAUUCUGGUGAUGGAGAAAGUAAUCUUGGGUAGGCUGGAAUGGCUUCUAACAGUUCCUACACCUUAUGUUUUUCUUGUUCGAUAUGUAAAGGCUUCUGAGCCAUCUGAUGAUGAGAUGGAGAAUAUGGUAUUUUUUCUGGCUGAGCUUGGUUUGAUGAACUAUCAAAUAUCUAUAUCAUAUAGCCCUUCAACGAUUGCUUCAGCCGCUGUUUAUGUUGCACGAUGUACACUUGAAAAGAACCCUAUUUGGACAGCCACUUUGCAUCACCAUACAGGCUAUGUUGAAGAGGAGUUGAAGGAAUGUGCAGAACUCCUUGUGAACCUGCACCGUGGAGUUGUAGAUUCCAAGCUCAAGGCUGUGUAUAGAAAGUAUACAAGUCCAGAUCGUCGUGCUGUUUCUCUUCUUCCCCCAGCCAAAAGUUCAACUCCAGAUUGCAGUCCAGAAGUAUGAAGAUUAGUAAUGUAGUGUUGGGGGUUGGGUUCUUUUUCUAACUCUUUUGGGGGUUGGGUUCUUUCUCUAACUCUUUUGGGGGUUGGGUUCUUUUUCUAACUCUUUUGUGUUGGAGAUCAUUUUACUGUUAAUGAUCUCUUUUAGGCUUUAGCUAUAGCUCUGUGUAUUAUUAGAGCUCCUAAAUUCUUGCUCUAUUGAUUCCUUUAACAUUUUCUUACAAUUGUGUGAAGAAAAGACAUCAUGAUUUCACUAAAUAUAUUUUUGUCCUUGGGAUGUUGUUCAUACUUCAAA